AUGGCAGCUUUACAUGAAAAGAAGACCUGCAGCCAAAGAAUGGAAAAUUUUCAACGUUUUGUAUGGAAUCCAGACACAGGGCAGUUAAUGGGAAGAACUUUGAUUAACUGGGUAUGGAUUAGUCUUUAUUAUGUUGCAUUCUAUGUGGUAUUGACUGGACUAUUCACACUUUCUAUCUAUUCUUUAAUGAAGACAAUUAAUCCUUAUACACCAGACUAUCAAGAUCGAUUAAAAUCACCAGGAGUGACAUUACGACCAAAUGUAUAUGGAGAAAAAGGAAUGGAAAUUUAUUAUAACAUUUUUCAGAACUCCUCCUAUGCUGGUUAUGUUGGGAUACUUAAGAAAUUUCUUUCAGCAUACAAUGAAACUAUGCAAGAAGACAAUGAAAACUGUAGUCAGGAAAAUUAUUACUACCAAAAGACAUUUGAUGCUCCAAAUAAUGAAAAACACUCUUGUAAAUUUACAAGAGAUAUGCUUGAAAACUGCUCUGGUUUGACGGAUACCAAAUUUGGUUUUCCUGAAGGAAGGCCAUGCUUAAUAAUAAAGAUGAACAGAAUUAUCAAUUUUCUUCCUGGCAAUGGGACUGCCCCCAAAGUGAACUGCACAACUACCGAUGACAGCUCAUUUGAAGUAGCAUAUUAUCCGGCAAAUGGAACUUUUAGCCUUCACUACUUCCCUUACUAUGGACUCAAGGCACAGCCUAGCUACACUAAUCCACUGGUAGCAGUGAAACUUCUCAACUUUACGUACAACAAAAUACUACACAUAGUAUGCAGAGUAGUUGGCGUUGGAAUUACUUCAAAUAACCCACAUGAUCCAUAUGAAGGAAAAGUAGAAUUCAAACUUCGGAUACAAAAUUAAUCAAAGUUUAUAAAAACUGCAUUGAGAAUGUGUGUGCUAUGUAGCUUUGUAUGAUUAUUUGUAUGAUUUCAAUUUGAAGUGUACAGUUUAUAGCAAAAUUAGUCACAACUUUAAUAAUCAAUUGUAUAAAGUUUGUUUUUAUUAUCUAGUAUGCUUAAUCAGAAAUGUUAAUUGGAUUUUUCCACACUGGAGAAUACCAAAUAUAUACUUGGUUUACUGCAUGUUUGGCAAUGGGAUAGGAUUCCACUGAAA